UUCUCAGCGAAUGCUCGUUAGCUUUAGCUCUGUGAAACUACUCUGAUUCAGACAAUCAACAGGUCAGUGUUAGAGUUUACAUACUGUUGUUUGUUCUACUACAGGUGCUAGCCUGAGCUGUGGUAGCAUACUCCCACACUAUGUGUAUGCCUUUCAAACGUAUCGUGCUGAGCAACGUAUUAGCCAGCUCAGCUUUGAUUUAAAUCCUGCGCUAAUUAGCAGUGAGUUAGCAGGGCUACGGUCGUUACACCGAGGUUAGCCAGGGACCGCCGCUCUGUCUCUGGAGGAGCAGGACAGAUGUCUUUGAGCCGAAGUCUCUUGUAAAUCCGCCGCGGUGUGUCAGCGCUGCAGCCACGGCUCCCUGUUGGGCUCGGCUCUGCUCUGAGUCCUGUUUAAAUGUGGCGGUUUGCAUCGUUCGCGAAGUGACGACGUGGGAGGCGCAGCACGGAGUCAGCUGAAGGGAUGGGACAGCCACCCGCGGUGAUCCUCCAGCACCAGAUGAGUGGCAGGUAGUGGAGGUGCUGAGGCAGUGUUGUGCUGCUGUGCACGAUGAAGAAGAUAUUCAGCUUCACUAAGAAAAAGAAACACCCGUCCGGUACCCCUGACAGCGGUAGUGUGCUCUCCCUUGGCUAUGAACUGAAAGAGAAGGACCUCGGGAAGGUUCACAAGGCUGCCUGGACGGGCGAUGUGGCAAAGUUGAAGCAGCUUGCGAAAAAGAACGAUGUCAAUCAGCUUGACAAGGAGAACAGAACUGCACUACAUAUUGCCUGUGCCAGUGGACAUUUGGAGGUGGUGCAAUUCCUUGUCGAAAGCAAAGCCAAGCUUAACCUAUGUGACAAUCAAAAUAGAUCUGCCUUAAUGAAGGCAGUGCAGGGCCAGCAUGAGCGAUGUGUGAGCAUGCUGCUGGAGAAUCAUGCCGAGCCUAACCUGGUGGACAUCAAUGGCAAUACAGCCCUACAUUUAGCAGCAAACAUCCCAUCCAUCUCCCUCGCAAUCCUGCUGCUGCAGCAUGAGGCUAACAUCAACGCCCCAAACAAGGACGGAUUCACCCCCCUGACUGUGGCAGUCCGCGAGGACCAUAUUGAGAUGGCUGAGUUUCUCCUCAACGAGAGUGCUGAUGUGAAUUUGCUGGACCAAGACCAAAGGUCCCCAUUAAUGAUAGCUGCUGGCAAUGGACAAAUCGUUAUGUUGCGACUCCUCUUGCGGUUCAACGCAAAUACAACACUAAAGGAUACCAAAGGAUGGUCGGCUGAUGACUACGCAGGAAUGAAUGGGCACCAUCCUUGUUCCCACCUGAUCAUUGAGCAUGGCACCCAGAGGAGCGAUGGCCCCUCCCUGUCACACCAAGGUCCGGGCAAGAAGAAGAAGAAAAGGGCGUCAGGCAGUCCUUUCCAAGAUGUGGAAGCAGGCUUCUCUCUGGGAGGACCAGCCACUGACAAAGAUGGGCAUGGAGCAAAUGAAGCAGGGGGAGGUUUUGAAGACAAUUCUCAGUCAGAGUCAUUAAGUCGGGUUUCAAAAAGUGCCUCUGAUGAAUGGCCUUCAUCUGAAGAUGAUGACGAAUUGGUUUUAAACAAAAAGAAACCACAGAAAGUAAACCUAAGCAGAAUGAUUGCAUCUAAAAAGGGAGAAGCAGACAGGGUAGCUGAGCAGGGGAAAAGCAAAGACUCAGAGCAACCAUCAAGCAGUAAAGGAACAUCGGACUUUCGUGAGGGCAGCCCUGAAGCAGAGGACUCUGAGGAGGAAGUUGGAGAAGAGGAGGAAGAGGAGGAGGAGGAGGAGGAAGAAGAAGAAGAUGACGACGAUGAUGAAGAAGAUGAAGAAGAAGAGGAGGAGGAAGAAGAGGAUGACAAUGAAGAAGAAGAAGAAGAUGAUGAGGAAAGUGAUGAGGAAGAUGGGGAAGAGGAUGAAGAGGACGAAGAAGAGAAUGAAUGUGAGGAGGAUGACAACAACUGUGUGGCUCCUGUCCAGGCCAACACUUCUGAAUAUGAAGACACCCUAAAACCCCCUGUUGCUUCUGCCCUUAACAUUAUUGACUGUGCUGAUAGUCAGAAGAUACCUGCCACUGACAUCUCUUACAGCGAUGGAACUACUCCUGAUAAAGUAGAUGCCACAGAGAAAGAUGCCAAAACAGAUAUUCAGAAUACCGGCCUUGUCUGCCCAGUUGGAACUCCAAGUUUUGCAAUGCUAAAAACAUUAAAUGUAGAGGACGACUGUGUCGUGUCAGCCAUUAGGGUCGAGUCUAAGUUCUCUGAUGAGGAUGACAGCCUUGGGAAGGAAUGCAUUUGGUCAUCAGACCAAAACAAACUUUUACAUCUGGCGUCAACAGGAGGUCCUAUGCCAUCCAGGCAUGGCACAGAGACUCUUUCACCUUGCAAGAUUAAGGAGGAAGAGUUUGAGAGAGAAAUGGAAAAGGAUAAUGUUGAUGAUGACUCCUGGAGCAAUAAACAAAACAGUGGUGAUACAGUGAGGAACAACAGUGACAAUGACGAGGAUAAUCAAACAGUGGGAUUUGGUUGCAACACUGUACUUGAUAAUCAAAAAAAAAAGUUAUCUGAGGUUUGUGCAGAAAAUACACACGGUGCUUCUGAUGCUGAAGAUGAUACUGGAUUAAAAGAAGGAGUGCUCAAAGAGGACAAACGCAGGUCGUCCUGGGGGUCUUCAUUAGAGGACAGUGACGGUGAUCUCCCACAAGAAGAUGAGGUUAAGAAGGAGAUGCUCGAUCAGCAAAGUGAUUUUCGAGGAUUAGAUUUACAACAAGAAGCAGCAGCACUGAAUGAGAAAAGUAAAUUAACUCAAUCGAAUGAAGACCAUGCGGAUACCUCGUGGGAUUCUUCAUCACCUGUGGUGCCAUCUUCUAAAUGUGUCUCGCCAAAGCAAAUGGUAGAGAAACCUAAAUCCUCUCCAGGAGUCCAUCAAUCCAAAAGCAGACCAGGUAAAGCACCAGUAGAUGUAUCAGAGUGGAGUUCUUCUUCUGAAAAUGAUGACAAUGAUAAUGGCUCCUGCACUAAAGGUAAAGUGGUUUGUGGUAAAGUUCCUAAAACAAAUGUAACACCAAACAAGACUGGAGAGCAGCACAAUUCUGAUGGCUCCUGGCAAGGAAAUAAAGGAAGUCAUAAGAGAGAGUCAAAUGGUCCUCCCCAUGCAGUGUCACUGGUACCUGAUGAUGAAAACACAACCAGAAAUGAAAUACCAGAUAAUGAUGAUGUCGAUUUAAUUCUUGAGUCAUCACAAAUGGAGAGAAAAUUAGACUUGGAAAAAGAGAAAAGUGAUGACAGUAGUUGGGAUGAUGAAGAUGAAAGUGAUGAGUCAGAAAAGCAGAAGACAAAGGAUGAAGUGGCAGACAGGGACGGCUUCUUGAAGAUGAAUCUUUCUACCCCUGCCAGUGUGAGGUCACCUAAAUCGAGGUCUACAAGUGCAAUGGACAAGCAGUUAGAGGAAGAAACAGAAGUAGGUAAUGGACAUAAAAUCAAUGAAGAAAAUUCAAAAUGUGUUAUUGUUGGAAAUGAUGAGUCUACCGGGCCCCAGGAAGAAAAGCUGGUCAAUGUUAUAAAAAGCGAUCCCCCCAGGGACGAGGAGUCAAGUGAAGACUCUGACAGCUUGGACCAGCGGUUGCAGUACGAUUUUGCCAGCGCCACAGUCAAAGUGUCUGACGUGGGAGACGGUUCUGAUAACGGGCUUGAUGGAGGCGAGAAGUCAGAUGAUGAACACGCAGCCAGAUUAACAGCAUAUGUUCCACUAGAGGACAAAAGUGCCAUUGUUCCCCAGACAAGAGUCUCAUCACACAACAUUGAUGGAGAGCAAAAUCAAGAUGAUGAGGUCACUCCUAAUCAAAGGCAUGACGGGAAGACAUUUUUUGAUCCAGUGUUACCUCAGACUGACAUUGAUGAUGUUGAUUUAGACUCGCCUGAUGAAGCAGAGAAAAUAGGCAUGAGAUAUCAACAGUCCAAAAACACUGAGGACCGUGUCUCUCAGAAAGAAGAUUCCACUGAUGAUGAGGAUGAUGACAAUGACGACAAAGAGCAGGUGGGAGAUGAUGAUGAGGAGGAUGAGGAAGAAGGAGACAUGUCAGAUGAAAACGAUCAGCCUGCUGAGAGUGGAGAGUCUCUUGGGGCAGCUUCAACUGUUCCAGAGACAGAAAAAGAUAAGAAAAGAGAUUUCCUCUCUGAGCUGGGUCUAGAGAAGGGAGAAGAAGAGCACGAUUCUUGGGACUCUGAGUCCCGUUCUGAAGACACCAAUAUGCCACAUGUGGAGAAACAAAGCUUGCCUACUCAGGAUCAAGAAGAGACGUCCACUGCUGAAGAAGCAAAUAAAGAGAUUGGAAAUGAUGAUAAUGGAAAAGAACAUGAUGCUAAAGAUGAAAUCACACAGAAAGAGACUGAGAAGCCAAAAUGGGAACCACUUAGUGUUCUGAGCAAACUUGAAGGCGAUAAUGGCCGAAAGACAGACUUGAUGGAAGAGCUUGGUCUGGGUGACGUUGAUGAUCUUGAAGCUGUAAAACCAGAUGCAUCAGACUGGGACUCAGCCAGUACGGCCAGCAAGAGAACGCUGCCAGGUCGUAAAAUGGCCUCCCCUGGACUCGAUGAGUUCCCAGAAUGCACCCAUCCAGCUUUGAAUGAGCAAGAUGAAGCAGCGCCCCCGCCACCUCAGAGGAGCAUCAGCAUUACACCCCAUCGACUCUUACCCCAUCCUCAACCUCGGGCAAGGAAGAUGGUCCCUCAGAAACCAGACAGUGAAGAAGAAUCAGAUUGGGAACCAGAAAAUGUAGCACCUUCUGCUUCUACCAUCACGGACAAAAUUGUCAAUCAGUGGCAAUACACAGCUGAGCAUCAGGCAGUAGUUAAACCAGGUUCUCCUGAGCUUUCAUCAAUGGCAGGACACAGACAAACGGAUAAAGAGCUGGACGGGCCUCAGCACAAGGAGAAAGAUGAUACAGGAGAUACAUGUGAGUUAGGUUUUAAUAAACCAUGGCCAUCAGGCCGUGUAGGAGAAAACUGUGAUGAGUUAAGAGAUCAACCCAGUCCCGAAGGAGGAGGUGAAGACUGCCCAUGGGAGAAACGCUACGAGAAGCUCUGGGUAGAGGUGGAGAAGCGGGAAGUAAAAUCCACCUUCAAGAACGUGGCUGGUGAAUUAAAAGAGAAGUUUGGGGAGCUGUUUAAUUCAAGAUGUUCUGCAGAAGAUGCUGCAGAAGAUGCUGCAGAAGAGGAGCAGGCCACAGCUGAAUCUACUUCUACAGAAGAAGAGUCGAGUGAUGAAGAUGAAGGAGAAAUCAUUGUGCGCCCGGCAGCUAGGGCAAGAAGUACUAUCCUUCUCACCAUACCUGAGCAGAGGGAGUCUGGACUGGAAGACUCGCUGACAGAGUCACCUGGCAACUCUCGGUGUGAAGAUGGGAUGCAGCUCGCUCCGCCUCCGGUCAGGGACAGCAGCAUGCACCAGGAGCCAGAUCUACUCACUGAUGAUUCUCUGGAGGAGAGCAGGUCUCCUUCACCACAACUCACCACAGCACAGAGAGAGUGCUACAGAGAUCACGCUAGCACAGCUUUUACCGGUGGUCACAUUAUACCCGACUUGAAUGUUGACUUUAGCUCAUUUUUAAAGGACGAGACCAAACAAGGUCCGUUCCACAAGCAACAUUUGGACUUGAUCUCAAAGGACCAAACUGCUGAUCUAAAGGGAGCUGAGGUGAACAAUGCCCGUUCAGAAGAGGAUCGUGAGGAGGCCACUAAGUCUUGCCCCCCCUUAAUAAGCAGGCAUUCAGCAUCUAUUCCUGGUGUCUCUGACGAGGAGCUGGAGGAGGACUUGGAGAGGUUUAAACUUGAGGUUGGUAAAGAGAUGACAAAGACUGUAGCGGAGGUGCAAAAAUCCAGUGCUUCCAGGGAUACUGGUGGAAUGACCCAGAAAGAGCCGGGUACUGAGAAACCGGAGAGCAGCACCAACGAGGCACCACAGCAAUCGCAUCUCCGCCUCCAGCAGAGCCAAAGUAGCAACAAACGGGAGGGACAGGCUGUAGAAGAGACCUUAAAGCUGGAGCUGGUCAGAGGGGCCCGGCGCAGCAGAGCCCCUCAGACCAACACCCAUGUUAACGGAGAUCCUCUCUCUGUGUUUGACGAUAGCACUUUAAGUGACGUGUCGGACGAUGAAGGAAGGUUAACCAGCAGAAAACAAAGAAAUGAGAACACAGAAGAAGAGGAGUUGGCUGAAGACUUUGAUGAGCUCACUCAGUCGUCAGACACAGCCACUGACGACAUCGACUCUCCCACUUCAGGCUAUCGUCAUGCAUCUGUCCUCAUUCAGAAGCUUGACUCAGCUACUUUAGACUCUAGAAGCAUGGUGAAGCUGCAGAACAUUUUCCACGAAUAUGAGCGCUCCAUCCAAAAGGCAAGGAGUCGCCAUGGAUACCUGGCAGAUAAGGUGAGCCAGCUGGAAAUGGAGAGAGCAGAGUUGAAGAGCGCCCUCGAGGAAGUUAAAGAUUUUAAAUCUGCCUUGGAGCGAAAUCAGCUAGAACUGCAAACUGAAGUCACAAACCUCAAGUUUCAGCUGAAACAGGAGCAGGAAAAUCGCCGCAAUGCCACCAUGAUGUACAACACCACCAGAGAGAAGCUGAGGAGGACGGAGGAGCAGCAUCAGUUAGAGGUUCAGGAGCGACAGAAGGUAGAGCUGACUCUCAGGAACCUGGAGCUGGAGAUGAGAACACUGGUCAACAACAUGAAACAGCUUGAAGAGGACCACAGUGAGACCCAGAGACUGCUGGCUCAGGAGCGCAGUGCAAGGAUGCUGCAGAAGAAUCUGCUCGACAGUCAUCUGCAUAAACAGCAGCAGAUAGAGGAGGAGAACAAGAGAAAUAGAAGCAAAAGCAACGAGGCCUUGUCUCAGCUCACUGAAGCCAGUGACAGGGAGAGGGAGCUGCUCCAGCAGAACGCGACCUUCCAGGAGCAGCUGACCAUCCUUAGAACCGACCUGGAGCGUUCGCAGGCCAACAGCAAUCUCAAAGAGAGCCACAUUUUGGAGGAGAACGAGGCUCUCAAGGAGCAGCUAGAAGAUUUUCGACGAGAUCUCAAACUCAACAGGGACGCCCUGACCCAAACUGUCUACAAUUGCAACAACCAGGUGACCACCCUGAAGUCUGAGUUAGCUAUGAUCACAACCCGCCUGGAAAAUGAGCGGCAGACUCGGGAAACCCUGGAGGUAGAGGUGGAGUCUACUCGUACCCGACUGGCAGGGGCAAUAAAGGAGGCUGAGCGUUGCCUGGCAGCUCACGCAGACACAGAGAAAGCUCUGCUCCGGGAGAAAGAGGAACAUCAGCGUCUAAAAGACAAACUCACAGUUGAAGCAACCUCUCAGCGUGAGACGGUCAGCUGCUUGUCCCAGAAGCUGGGAAAGGCCGAGGCUUCUACGAACAGCUUGGAGAAUGAAGUCCAUCGGGUCACUCUGCAGCUGACUGAGAAGGGCCUAUUGCUGGAUGUCCUACAGCGGGAGAAGGACCAGGCGGCUGCACGUGCCAAGGAGCUAGAAGCGUCUCUCCAGUCCGAGAGGGAGCUGGCAAGCCGCUCCACAGCUCGCCAAGAGGCCACACAGGAGCGGCUAGCCCAAGCCCAAAGUGAGGGUAUGUUAAUGCGGCAACAGCUAGAGGAGGCCCAGAACAAAGGUGUCGCAAAGGACCGUGCUGUGACAGAUGCCCAAGAGCGCUUCAGCGACAUUCUGUCCAAGCUGCGCUCUGACAGCGAGGAGAGGGUACAACUAGUGGAGGAGAGAAAUAAGGAGUUGGCCAGUAGGGCUGCUGAUCUCCGAGAUCAGAUCUACAAGUUGGAGGAAGAGAAGAAUGAAAGAGAGACGAACCUCAGGCAGCUGCAGCAGGAGCUCGCCGACUCACUCAAGAGGCUGUCGAUGAGCGAAGCCUCUCUGGAGGUUAACACGCGCUAUCGCAAUGACCUGGAGGAGGAGAAGACUCGGCUCCUAAAAGACAUUGACAGGCUAAAGAGAAAGUUGGAAGAGAGUGAAGACCAGUACGUGCAGGCUGAGAAACGUAUUAACAGUCUGAAGAGCGGCCUCGAUGAAAGGGAAAAGGAGCUCACCACUGCUGCUCAGAAACUCCAGGAGGCGCUGUCGUCCUCAGCAGCCUCUGAUACCACCAUCAAACAGCUGGAGGAAGCUGUGCAGAGGCUAGAGAUAGAGAAUGCCAGACUGGAGGCGGCUGCAAAGCAACAGUCUAACAAAAUUGGAGUUCUUCAGAAAGGGGCUCAGGAAGCUGUCAUGCUAUCUGACUGCUCACCUGGAGAAGGGGUCAGAGGUCAUUUGGAGGAUUUGGUCACAAACCUCCAAAGCAGUAAGAUGACUUUGGAAGAUCAACUCAAUAGAGAGGUCCAGAAGCAAAGUGUUCUGUCUCACACAGCCCAGGACUCUCAGGUCUUGUGGGAGGAGGAGCUGAAGAGUCGUUCUAAAUUAGGACUGCGCCUGGCAGAGCUCGAAAAGGAAAAAGGAGAACUGAACUCUCAGAUGGAAAUAGAGAAGAAGAAAGCCAAAAAGAUAGCAGAGCAGAAGAAGGCCAUAGACACUCGUCUGGAUCAAGAGAUGAAGAGAAACACAGAUCUUCAAAAAGAAAUGUACAGGCUGCGUACACUAUUAAAGACUGCUAAGAAGAAACUGAGGGACCAUGACACCGGUGGAGCAGAGUUUGCUUCUCCUAUGAGCAGCAUAAGGAUGGAGCUGGGCAGACACAGCCAGGCUGAGGGGGGACGAAUGAGAGAUAAGGUGGACGAUCUGCGGGAGCAGCUAGAGAAGGAAGCGUCUCAUCGCAGCCAACUGGAGAAGGUGAACCGGGAGCUCAAGGAUCAGCUGGCCUCCCUGGAGAGCUUCAGCCACAACACCGACCAGCUGGAGAAGAGCAAGAGGCAGCUCGAGGAGGAGGUACUGGACCUGAGACGCAGGAUGGAAACGGCUCACAUGGAGCAGAGCCAGGUGGACCAGUACCGCCGUGACGCAGAGGAGAGGGCCCGUCAAGAGAUACAACAGAAACUGGAGCAGGUCAACGUCUUCCUGCAGUCCCAGGCAGCAUCCCAAGAAGCAUUAGAUCAGAUUAAAGCGGCCAAUGAGGUUAACCUGCGCUCUCAGCUGGAGCAGAAGAUCCGGGAGCUGGAUGGGGAACUGGGCCGCGCCCGCAACACCCAGCAAGACAGCCUUAACCAAAAAGAGUCCACGCGCACCGAGCUAGAGCGAUACCGCCAGCUCUACUCCGAGGAGCUGCGCCUCAGCAAGUCCCUGGCUGCUAAACUAGAGAGGUCCAACAGUCGGCUCACAGAAGCCAAUUCCAAGCUGCUGAACGAGCGCAGCCGGUCUCUUAUCACCAGCAGCAUAGCAAACGGUAGCCUUGGAAGUCCCUCGCUGGACGUGGGCACUUUGGGUUCACCGGCAAACUACGGGGCCACACUGGGGUCCCUGAACAGAAGCCUUGGCCUGGGCCUGGGCCUGUCCCUCCUCAACCCUGUGACUGAUGCGCCGAACAGCAGGGUGGAGGACUAUCUGGCCAAGAUGCAGAGUGAGUUGGACAGAAACAUCUCGAAGGAAUUAAACAACGCGACAGCAGAGCUGGACGUGGCCUCUGCGCAGUUGUCCCCGGUGAGCUCCGUCUCAAGGGUGGCGCUGGACCCCGUCAGCAUGGCCACACAGCAGUACUUGGAGGUACUGAAGAAGAACAACAUGAUCUGAACACACACAUCACAGCUGCUCAAACUCAGUCUCCUUAUAUCAGCCAUUAAAGCAGCAUCUGUAAGGCCAAAGCCACAGCCUCGUCACGCAACUAGAACAAUCCAUCCUUGUAUCCUCUUUUAUGAAAGAAAUCAAACAUAAUGCACAUUGCACUUAACCACUCAGGAACAGAGGGCAUGAGUCAUAUAUAUAUAUAUACAUGUAUAUGAAAUAUAUGUGUGUUGCAUUAUUGAUGGGUACAAUUAGAGAGAACCUUGAAAGUAUUUGUUCCUUCUGACUAAUUCUGAUUCCUCUGUAGCUGUUUUGUUUGGAUUAGCAGAAAAGAUACUGUAUAUACAGAACCGUGGUUUGGAUUUUUGUUUGUGAAUAUUGGUGUUGCUAAAUUUGAAUUUAUAAGUAUUUGAUGUAUGCAUCAUGAAUUUAUUUUUGCCAAGAUAUUACAUUUGGUACGUGCCAUCAAAUGGUGCAAUAUCUGUCUUGGUGUUACAUUAUUCGAUUUGUUGGCGCAUGGUGUUUAUGAAUCUUUUAUUUAUUCUUUCUUUUUUUUUAUGACCGUGAUAUACUUGAAUCAGACGAGCUGGAAUACUCUCCAGUUAUUGAAACAGGGUGACUGCAUUUGUACACUUGUCAUUUCAGCUUUUGCCUGGUCUGUUUUCAGGGCUAUCAAAAGGGAAAUGCACUCAUUUUCAUCCAUGAAUAUUGUAAGACUAUACAUAUUGAUGAACAUUUAUGACGCCUGUACAUUACAGAAGACUCUAACGUUAUAAAUAAAACAGGAAAAACCCUGAA